AUGGCUAGCUCGGCGGAGGUGAUAUGCGCCCUGCUUGCAAUCGUAGUCGGCUUCGUUGUCAUACGGAAGAAGACGGACCCUUUGCACCAUAUUCCAGCUAUAGGGCCUACCGCCCCGCUCUUGUCGUAUUUGGGGGCGAUCAGGUUCUUAAAUAAUGCUCGCGAGGUUCUCCAAGAGGGUUAUGACAAAUACAAGAUUUUCAAAGUUUCCAUGUUCGAUCGUUGGAUCGUGGUAGUCAGCGGAGCCAAAAUGAACGAGGAACUUCGUAAGGUCCCCGACGAGCAGAUGUCCUUCAUGGAAGCGAUUGAUUUGAUGAUUCAAUCGAAAUAUACUAUUGCUCCUGACAUUCUUGUGCAUCCGAUUCAUAUCACAGUAAUCAAGGAACAGCUUACGAAAAAUCUGGCUCCACUGUUUCCUGACGUCGCCGAGGAGGUCCGACUGGCAUUCCAGGAGUUGAUACCAGCGAAGGAUGAUGAAUGGGUCAGUGUUCCUGGAUACGAUACCAUAGCCGCGGUCAUAGCUCGUGCCAGCAACCGAGUGUUUGUGGGCGUCCCUUUGUGUCGAAAUGCGGAGUAUCUUAAACUCGCCACAACGUUCACUGCUGAGGUUAUGAAAGGUUGUACAGUCCUCGCGUUCUUCCCUGAUUUCUUGAAGCCACUCAUUGGGCCUUUCUUGCCCUGGUCUCGGAGGGCGAUCCGGCGGAUGCAUCCAUUGCUAAGGCCUGUAAUUGAGGAGCGAUUGAGGCAGCGCGAAGAGAAUGGAGAUGACUGGUCUGAUAAACCCAACGAUCUACUAAUGUGGAUCAUCGAUGAAGCCAGGCGCGUCGGUUUGAAUGAACCGAUUGAUCUGUGGGUACAGGGCGUGCUGGUCUCCAAUUUUACUGCAAUCCAUACCUCGACCAUUACAUUCACACAUGCCUUGUUCCAUCUUGCAGCAAAUCCGGAGUACAUCAAGCCAUUACGCGAGGAAGUAGAGGAGGUCAUCAGGCAAGAAAACGGAUGGACGAAAGUAUCCAUGAACAAAAUGUGGAAGCUCGAUAGCUUCUUGAAGGAAUCAUCUAGAGUAAACGGAGUUAGCGGAAUUGCUGUGACACGCAUAGCGCUGACGGACGUUACGUUGUCUGAUGGUACACUCCUUCCUAUGGGUACCGUAGUCACUGCGGCAGCGGCAUCUACGCAUCUAGACGAAGAGAACUACGAUAAACCGGACAUCUUCGACCCGUUCCGUUUUUCCAACAUGAGAGCAGAAGAAAGUGAGAAAAACAGACAUCACUAUGUCAGUACCUCGGCCGAAUAUAUAGGUUUUGGACACGGAAGGCAUGCCUGUCCCGGGCGAUUUUUUGCGGUCAACGAGCUCAAGAUUAUGUUGGCUACCAUUAUACUUUACUACGACGUCAAAUUCGCGGACGGAGGCAAGCGCCCAGAUAACACGUGGAUGGCAACGACAAUUCUCCCCAACCAAACCGCGAAGGUAAUGUUCAGGAAGCGGCAGGAUCUGGUUGUGUAG